AUGUUCGGCCAGGUGCUCUACACUGAAGCGCAUGGCGCGCAAAGCGGAGAAUGGGCGAUGAAUCCCUUCGAAGAGGCUCAGCUCGAGAGUCGUCUUGUCGAGGUAGAGCCACUCAUCGCGGAGGUUAGAAUUGGUCGCGAGCUUGAUGACACCCUUGAGGACGCGGUUUCGUGGGAGGAGGUAGAAGUCGCUGGGAAGAUGAGGCACCAGAUACCCCAAUGUAUCGAGUUCUGUCUAGUCCUCGAUGGUGUUGAGUUCUCGUACGAAGCGCGAGUAGUGCUCGAGGCGCGAUGUGUCAAUCUGAAUAGUGGCAGGACUCGUGUAUCGCAAGGCAUCGUGUAUACCCUAUGGUCAAACCGAUUGUCAACUGUGGGAUAUAGAAAGACUUGCACGUCCUUUACCGCUACCAAACCCGUAUACAUCGCGGACGAUUUGAUCGAAUAUCUCAGCGAUGAGCAGGCAACGAUGACCUAUAAAGGCGGAUGGCCCAUGCGUGCAGGGAACUUGAGGCGAAAGACGAACGCGGAUCAUCUUGACGCGGCGGCACGCCACAUAAACCGAGCCUACGCUGGCGACGACGGCUGCCACUCGCUGCUUGCUAUCCAGCCAGAUUCAAUGUCUGUCCUCUGGGAGACAAUGUCGGGUCUUGCGCCGCUCAUCUACACACUGCCUCCCAACAAUGUUUGCCUUUUUGAGGACGAGGUGCCCAAGGACGACAAGAACACCCGCAUAAUGGUCAAUCAUAACGUUCGUCUGGCCCUCAAUACCCAACGUCUGGAUCACUACGCGAGAUUCAUCAAGCAUGUCACUAUCCACAGUGAGGACGCAUACUACGCCACCUUGCACGAUCUAUCCAUCCACAAGGUCUCGGAAUACCACCUGCUACCGGAAGUGCGCACUCUCGACCUUCAUUUUGAUGCUGUGGGUGGACCAGAAGGCGUGGACAUGCUCCUCGGGCCUCGAGUGGAUACUAUCUCUGUGCGAAUCUCAAGGACUGACGUCGUGCUCCGAUGGAACGCGGUAUUCUUUAUCAAGAUGUUCGCCAUCUGCCGCAACUUACGCACCCUCGAUGUUGACUUCGACGACUGCGACAAAGACGUAAUCUGCGUGAUCCUAGACACGAUUCGAGCCGCUCGUCCCGCCCUCACCACUCUUCAUCUCAGACUCAAGUAUUGGCUGUAUACCUCUCUUAUGAUGGACCUGCUACGCUAUCAGAUGAAGAGGCUGCUGCGAGUUAUCAGUCGCACAGUUCGCGAUUUCUCGUCGACUAUCCUCAUUCACCACGUUGCCGUCCAGUCGUUUGGUCUCUUCAGAAACCUUCAGAACCUGGUGAUUCAUUUGAACGAAAAUGCUCUACGGAAAAGAGAAAGCUUGUGGGCAUGUCAGAUACCGACGCUGCGUUCUCCUGAGAUCAUAACAGACCAAUCUUCACCAGACACGACGGUGUUCAUGCGGAGCAUACGGGCGGAGCACCUCCAUACGCUGGUUAUCUUCCUCACGCGCUCGCAAGCCGCGGAAUGUGAGGAGCACCUGAGAGAUCUCAAUCAGGCGUUAUCAAACGUGAUGAGCCCCUUGUUGGUGCUACACAAGCUCUCUGCGCUGUAUCUUCCGCGGCAUAUAUCUGUGCACUGCAUUUGGCUUUACCUGGGACAAAACAUUUUCAAAGAGAAUCAAACAAGGAAAAGCUGGAUUGAACACCCUGUCGGAACGACGGUGCGACGGAUGACGGGCGCGUUUGUCUACGGGCGUAGCGAUGCCCGUAGGGGACAAUCGCGUGCGGUAGUACGGUACAUAUAUCGCGAGCAAUUGCCACUACGAGGAGGGCCUCCGGCCCCGGCUACUCGCGCGGCCGAGCUUUCGAGCUCGUUCCUGAACACGCGUUUCAACACACCCAGGAUAUCGUUUAAAGCAGCCUGUAUGGGACUCUUCGUGCCCACGCAUCUCACUCGUCGAACCGCGCGCCGACCUUUCCCCAAUAUGUCUUAUACACCCGACAUCCCCGGGACCCCAAUCCCGGACUGGCGUAACAGCAGCAUGUACCACUGUACUCGUGUACCGAGUUGUUGUUAUUGA